UUACUUCACUCCUUCUAAAGACAUAUUUUAACGAAAAUAUUAGGGAUGGUAUUUCCAAUCUGUUUCCCAGGGCUUAUAUAUCCACGUAAACGUAAAAAAGAAACCCUGGGAUUAUUUUGACUACUUUUAACUUGAUUCUUUUUCUCUUAGCCUACAGUUCAGUGACAGUGGCGAUAUGUUCAUACAUCUUCACAUGUGCUUGCAGCCUGCUUUUCAUUUACAUUCUGUUAAAUAAAAACUCAAGUAGAAAGUUUGUUAGUUUCUUUUCUAUGUUAGCUGUCGGAACUCUGUUGGGUGAUUCCCUGUUACAUUUGAUUCCCAAAUCUUUUGCAGUGCAUGAGCAUCACACAAGCCACAAGAAUGCUACUCACACAAACGAUAUCAAGGAAUUGAAUAUGUUAUGUAAAUCGAUUCUCAUCAUUGCUAGCUUGUAUGCUCUGUAUUUAUUUAAUUGGUUGACAGCUUUGUUUGGGUGUGGCCAUACACAUAGCCAUAAUGGUGAUAUGUUUGGAGGCAUGCAUGAACACACACACAGCAAUAAAAGUAAACCAAGUAUAGAAAGAAUUGAGGAUUUAUUAAGAGAGGCAAAUAAUUCGAAUGAUCGAGACAAAUAUCUUAACAGUUUUACGGCUGAUCAAGAAAAAGAAGUCACGUUGGAGGAAUUAAGUAAUAUAGGAAAUGCAAAGAUGGGUGGAAAUUUUGAAAAUAACGAAAAAGUAAAGAAAAGGAGUAUUUCUCAAAUGGUAUAUGUGGUUGUUCUAAGCGCGCUUUUACACAAUAUUACUGACGGAAUGGCUAUUGGUGUAGCGUUUGCAGAUUGUUUGUCUGGAGGAAUAAGUACUACAGUGGCUGUUCUUUGCCAUGAGAUUCCACACGUGAUAGGUAAUUUCGUCAUUAUUCACGCCGCUGGUUGCACCAUUCAACUGACACUUGUUCUUGUCAUGGCAGCAUAUGUCCCCACAUUUAUUGGGGGAUACGUUGGCGUUGCCAUAGGAAUGGAAUUUGAAGCAACGGACUAUAUCUUUGCGGUUACUGCUGGCAUGUUUUUGUAUGUUGCCAUGGUGCAAUUGCUUCCAGAGAUGUUGCAUGCCAUAUCGGAUGAACGAGAUUUGAUGACAUUCUGUUUGCAAAAUUUAGGCUUUCUAAUUGGAUUUGUAAUUAUGGCACUCAUCGCAUUUUAUGAAGACUCAAUAAGCAUACAUUUUUAACUUGUAAAAUAUUUUAAUACCAGCUAUAAAUCAGCACAUUUAAAUAUACAACAUUCUAUAAAAGUUUUUCGUGAAUAUUUUAAAUUCCUUCCUAUUAGUUUAAUUCUUAACAAUUAACAAAAUUAUGCGUAAACUUUUUCGCCAUUUUUCCAACCGUUAAUAUUGAUACUAAAACAGGAGAUACUGUUUUGUACACUCUAGGGAAAGGGACUGGUGGUAGAAAUUAUUUGUGUAUGAAUUAGCAAUCACCAGAUAAGCUUAUAACUUACAAGGUUUAUGCUCUAAAGACCGAGCAUAUUCUUUGUCCUCCUGAGAGAAACGAUCCACUCUCCUACACUGAUUUAUUUGAAUAAAUAUGUUUUCUAUUAUUGCAAGACCUUUCUUUUGCUUGCUAAUCUUUAAUAAUGGACACAAUCAAAAGUGUUAAAUUACAUGGACUAGCAACAUCAAAAAAUCUAACCUAACAAGUCUAAACUGGUAACAAGUUGCCAGUGGUCUUAUAGAUUUAAAACAAGUCAAAGAAAACAUAGUUAUGUUAUAAGGUGCAAUAUAUUUUAAUGAAAAUUUACAUAAUAUAAUUUAGUUUAUAUCAAAUACAAUUUUGGUCAAAAUACAUUGAGACAAGACAGCUAAUUUUGAAGUUCGCCACCACAAGUU